AUGGUGUCUUCUCGCCUCUACACGCCAUUGAGCAGAGCUCUUCCCCGGCAGAUUAUCUCACGGCCGGCGCAAAUAGGUUCUCGACUGCCCAGGACUCGCACCGCGAGGUUUUACAGCUCUAAGAAGGAAUCCAAGGACCAAUUCAUCAUUUGGCGACCAUGGCUUCGUCUUUCAAUUGGAAUUCCAUUCAUUGGCGCCCUCAUUUAUUCAAUGGCCACUGAAAAUGCCACCCAAACAGAAGCUCCCUCAAUUGCGGAAAUAGACAAAGCGCUCAAAGAAAAAGCACCCAUCACCGACGACUCCCCAAUGCGCCUCCGAAUGGAAAAAUUAAUCAAAGAACACCAAAAGAAAAUAACAGACGAACUGAGCCGGAUCGACGGCAAGGCCUUCCAAGCCGAUACAUGGACCCGUCCCAACGGCGGCGGCGGUAUAUCCUGCGUCCUCCAGGAUGGCAACGUCUUUGAAAAAGCCGGCGUCAACAUCUCCAUAGUCUAUGGCGAACUACCGCGCCCAGCCAUCGAGCGAAUGCGCGCAGACCACAAGUCCUUUGUCGGCGCAAACGUGGACUCACUCAAUUUCUUCGCUGCGGGUUUGUCGCUCGUGUUGCACCCGCAUAACCCCCAUGCUCCAACUGUGCAUUUGAAUUAUCGAUACUUUGAGACCUCGGACCCGAAGGACCCGAUUAACGGGGAUAAGAAUUGGUGGUUUGGUGGCGGCACUGAUUUGACGCCUUCUUAUCUCUACCCGGAGGAUUGCAAGCAUUUCCAUCAGACGAUCAAAGAUGUCUGUGAUCGCCAUGAUAGUACAUAUUACCCUCGUUUCAAGGCCUGGUGCGAUAAAUACUUUUAUAUCCCGCACCGCGGCGAAGCGCGGGGCAUAGGUGGCAUCUUCUUCGACGACCUCGACGCAAAUUUCCUACAGAGCUCAUUGUCCUCGUCUCAGAACCCGCAGGAAACUCUGUUCUCGUUCGUUAGUGACGCUUUAGGCUCGUUUUUACCUUCCUACGUGCCCAUCCUAGAACGUCGAAAGGAUAUGCCCUUCACCCCGGAGCAAAAACAAUGGCAACAACUCCGUCGCGGCAGAUAUGUUGAAUUCAACUUGGUGUAUGAUCGCGGCACCAGCUUUGGUCUAAGGACACCCAAUGCCAGGGUGGAGAGUAUAUUGAUGAGUUUGCCGCGAACGGCGAGCUGGGUAUAUAUGGAUCCUGUGUCUGGCACGAGGACCGAUGCUUCCGCCGCUGCCGCCGCUGUUCUAGCGGAGGAGACUGGUGAGCAGACGGAGGAGAUUUCGAGGCAGAUGGAGAUGAUGGACGUUUUGAAGCAUCCUAGACAGUGGGUUUGA